AUGUCGGGCGCGAAUAGCAUCAAGGUCGUUGCCCGUUUCCGGCCACAGAACAAAGUCGAACUCGCAUCGGGCGGUCAGCCCAUCGUGAAAUUCGAUGGCGACGACACUUGUGCCAUCACUUCUGCCGAGGCGCAAGGGAGCUUCACAUUCGAUCGUGUUUUUGACAUGAAAACGGCACAAUCCGACAUUUUCGAUUACUCUAUCAAACCCACGGUAGACGAUAUCCUCAACGGAUACAAUGGAACGGUGUUCGCGUACGGUCAGACGGGUGCAGGAAAGUCGUACACCAUGAUGGGAACUAGUAUAGAGGACGAUGAAGGCAAGGGUGUUACCCCGCGAAUCGUCGAACAAAUUUUCAGCAGCAUUAUGUCCAGUCCCGGCACCAUCGAAUACACGGUACGAGUCAGCUACAUGGAAAUCUAUAUGGAACGUAUCCGAGAUCUGCUGCAGCCCCAGAACGACAACCUGCCCGUACACGAGGAGAAGAACAGGGGUGUAUACGUCAAGGGUCUGCUGGAGAUUUACGUCUCCAGUGUACAGGAAGUUUUCGAGGUCAUGCGGAGGGGAGGAAACGCCAGGGCGGUCGCCGCAACUAACAUGAACCAGGAAUCCUCUCGCUCGCACUCCAUUUUCGUUAUUACCAUCACGCAGAAGAAUGUCGAGACGGGUUCGGCCAAAAGUGGCCAGCUCUUCCUGGUGGAUCUGGCUGGCAGUGAAAAAGUUGGCAAGACCGGUGCGAGUGGGCAGACGUUGGAAGAGGCAAAGAAGAUCAACAAGAGUUUGAGUGCUUUGGGCAUGGUCAUCAAUGCUCUGACCGACGGCAGAUCCUCUCACAUCCCGUAUCGAGACUCGAAACUGACAAGAAUAUUACAAGAGUCUCUGGGAGGUAACAGCAGAACGACACUCAUCAUUAACUGUUCACCCAGUAGUUACAACGAUGCCGAGACGCUGAGCACUUUGCGCUUCGGUAUGCGGGCCAAGUCGAUCAAGAACAAGGCCAAGGUCAAUGCCGAACUCAGCCCAGCAGAGCUCAAGGCCAUGCUCAAGAAGGCACAGACCAGCAUGUCUACUUUCGAAAACUAUAUCUCCAAUUUGGAAGGCGAAAUUCAGUUAUGGCGUGCUGGCGAGGCUGUGCCUAAGGAGCGGUGGACACCAGCCAUGUCGGAAGGCGUGGUGGCUACCAAGGCGGAUGCGAGACCCGCGCGGCCGUCGACACCAUCGCGACUGAUAACGGACAGCCGGUCAGAAACCCCGGCUUUGACUGAGCGGGCUGGUACUCCUGGCAUACCUCUGGAUAAGGACGAGAGAGAGGAGUUCCUCCGAAGAGAGAACGAGCUACAGGACCAACUUUCCGAGAAGGAGUCGCAAGUUGUGGCUGCCGAGAAGUCUCUCGCCGAAUCCAAGGACGAGCUUAGCUUCCUCAAGGAACAUGACAGCAAACUCGGGAAGGAGAACGAGAAACUCACGACGGAGGUCAACGAGGCCAAGAUGCAACUUGAGCGCAUAGCCUUUGAGAGCAAGGAGGCUCAGAUAACGAUGGACGCCCUCAAAGAAGCUAAUUCUGAACUCACCACCGAGUUGGAUGAGGUCAAGCAGCAGCUCCUCGAUGUAAAGAUGAGUGCCAAAGAGACGAGUGCCGUUCUAGACGAGAAGGAGAAGAAGAAGGCAGAGAAGAUGGCUAAGAUGAUGGCUGGCUUCGACUUGGGCGGUGACGUCUUCAGUGAAAACGAGCGGACCAUCGCACAAGCGAUCCAACACGUCGAGGCGUUGUAUGAGCAAAGCUCCGCCGGCGAUCCUAUCCCGCCGGAUGACAUCUCGGACCUCAAGGCCAGGCUGGUCGAAACCCAAGGGAUCAUUAGACAAGCCGAACUGUCUCUCUACAGUGGCAUUUCGAGCGAUUCGGACGCUCGACGAAGACAGGAACUAGAAACGCGCCUGGAAGUCAUGCAACGUGACUACGAGGAGCUGUUGACACGAAAUUUGAGCGAUGCUGAUGUGGAAGAGGUUAAAGAGCGCCUCAAGGAGGCGUAUGCCAACAAGCAAACGACGCAGAUGGAGCUGGUCGACGAGUUGAAGGCGGACAUCGCCCAGAAGGCAGCCGAGAAUGCACGCAUGAAGACCCUCAUCGACGAUCUCCAGAUCCGCAUUAAGUCUGGCGCAGUUGCAGCUCCUGGUCUCGCUAACGGCAAGACGAUCCAACAGCAGAUCGCUGAGUUUGACGUUAUGAAGAAGAGCUUGAUGCGUGAUUUGCAGAACCGAUGUGAACGCGUGGUUGAGCUUGAGAUCAGCCUCGACGAGACGCGUGAGCAGUACAACAACGUGCUACGUUCCUCCAACAACCGUGCUCAGCAGAAGAAGAUGGCCUUCCUCGAGCGCAACCUCGAGCAGCUUACUCAGGUACAGCGUCAACUCGUUGAGCAGAACGGCGCGUUGAAGAAGGAGGUCGCCAUCGCGGAGCGUAAAUUAAUUGCGCGCAAUGAGCGCAUCCAGAGCUUGGAGAGCUUGUUGCAGGACAGCCAGGAGAAGCUCACAGCUGCCAACCAUAGAUUCGAGUCCCAACUCACAGCCGUCAAGGAGCGCCUCGAAGCCGCCAAGGCAGGUUCGACUCGUGGUCUCAACUCGCCGACCGGCAAUGGAGGCUUUAGCUUCGGCAGCCGCAUUGCCAAGCCGCUGCGUGGCGGAGGCGAGGCUGCCCCAGCUCAAGUUCCCACCAUCACGAACCUCCAGAACGAGAGUGGGGCUGGUAAUAAGAGAAGCAGCUGGUUCUUCCAGAAGUCGUAG